UGUAGCUUUUUUCCUACUUGUUCUUAUUCAUGAUGAUUUUUAUUCGUUCUUUUUAUUAGUGGAGGGCUUGAAUGUUGUCACAGCUGCUUUUUCCUUUGCCAAAAUAUAGGUUUUGGCUAAGGUCCGCUUUGUAAAGAAUCUCUACAGAGCAUCCCACAGGGACUGUGGCAGAUUCUCCUCUGGCAUCCAAGAGGGCGUUCCACUUGUGAAAGAACUGAAACACAACUUCUCUCUGGAUUAUCUGACAUUGUGAACAUCCACUACCAGCUGACUCUGUUCUUAAUAGAUGGGUUCAGCCUUUAACAGGUUCUGCAUGCAGUUCUGCUGCUGCUGCUGUGUUGCUGAUGAUGAAGAAGAAGAAGAUGAAAAGCAGCCUUUAGUACCUGCGGAUCCGUUGGACUAUUUUACCCGUGAAGUCCAGAAGCGUCGAGAUGAGGAAACAAACCUGUGGAGUGAGCCGGGAGACCCCAGCCAUUCGGAGAGACAGGAUGACCGAGUGCUCUACUCUCUGCUGCAGGCCAGGCAGAAGACCCGCAUGGGCUCCACGGGCUAUCGUCGCCUGAGUGUUGAUAUCGAGGCCAUGAGAGACACACGCAGAGAAGUCAGAGAGAAAUGGAAGACAAUCCUGGAAAAUCUAGGUUUUAUGGCAGAAGCAGACUCUCUGCUGGCUGUGUCUGCUGGGGGCUCACAUGACCGCAUGCGUAACGCCCCGAGAGCACGUGCCCUCCUUCACACACUUCACUCUGAGACCUCCAUCUUCAACAGCAACAAAGAACCACCACCAGAAAGAUAUCUUUUCAUCCUGGAUCGUCUCCUGUACCUAGACAUAGCUGAAGAUUUUGUGGCAAAGGCAAAACGCUUCUACCCUCCAAAGGAUGACUCUGACGAGGAGACGCCGGGUCUCUCCGUAAACCUGCCGCUGCUGCUGGCCAGGAUAGGGGCCAUGAACGGAGGAGGGGAAGAUGAGGAGGAGCAGAGCGAAAAAGAUGAUGAAAACUUGAGCGACUGAGCCCAAGAUCUAUGGGCUGCAGUAAUAAGAGACACAAAGCAGGGGGCAGUAGUCAUCAACCCUGGAGACCUGGUUGACAGCUUUGCAUAGCUCUUAUUCAAGUGUUUGUUGCCUCAUACAGUGUUGUUGCUGCUUUUUUGGAAGUUCUAGGCUAAAAUAUUCCCCUCUCUCAUUUAGCUUGACUCUUUUUUGUUUAGUCUGGCCGAACUCUAAAAGGAGAUUUGCAGAUUUUGAAAUGAAUCCCACGGAUGAGUAUUAACUGUGUUUUUUCUCUCCACCAAAGAGUGUUAUCGGGGUUGUAGGCGGUUCAUUGUUCAUGUGUUGCGAACCUUCAGGGUAACUAUGUUCUUCUGAGCAAUGCUUCUUUAUAGUUCUGUCCUAUGAUUAUCAGCACUCAUUUCAUUCAAUCAUAUGAUCAGUAAGAACGCGGAAUAAAUAGCACACCGAUCUGAUGUCAGACUUUCCUCUAAAGGUUUUACAGGAAAGAGUGUUUGCAUGAUCACUGCUUUAACUCAUUUGAAUCUGUAUGUGGUUUAAAAUAUUUGAAGAAUAGCAAAAAGAAAUGCAAUGCGAGUACUGUAAGUUGAAUUUUUAAGUUGGUUGUUUGCGUGACUGAGAUGGAAGAAUGUUUUUCCUGUUCAGCAAUUUGCUGAAAAUGUGAAAGAUUUAUACAAGUAUGCGAUAGUUUGUGUUUUGGUGUGAAGUUACCUUGAAAUAAAGUUCCAGCCUAAA